GUGCUAUGAUAUCAUAUUGCUGAGUCUCUCUUUGAAGGGUCAGACUUGAAAUACCUCCUGCAACACAGUGUGUACCAGAAAGACAGAGGGGCAUGUAACGAUUGCUGCAGGUGGGAAAAGUGUAGCGAAUUGUCUAUGUGUGACUAAAUGGGUUUAAACCUCGGUCAUCUGCGUGCCACAACGUUGUUAACCAGCUGAGCUAAAGCCUGGAAUAGCUACCGCAAGUCUUCAGUCGCCAGGGAAGCGUACUCUUCACAUGAACAUGGAGUCACGUCUAAUGACACAUGAACUCUAAGAAGAGAAGUGAGAUGGUGAUUUAGGUGUACCCAGGGCUGCAGAAUGGAGAUAACGUUUCCUCAGCUUGUAAAGACCAUCUAUAAUUCAGCCUUUGAGGCUGUGCUUUUCCUGAAGAGGCUGGAUGGUGCCGGGAGUGAAUCAGUGACAGAACAGCAAAGAGUAAAGGGAAGAGAAGGAAGAAGAGAGGAGAGAGAGAGAGAGAGAGAGAGAGAUCUGUGUGCACGGAGUAGAGUUGUCAACUUAUUCUGGGAUACCUUUUGAGUGAAGUGGUCUAAAAAAGUUUUGUCUACAGACGUGAAGCAGGAAGGACCCGUACAGAGGAUAUGUUUGGACUAACAGAGGAUCAAAACCAGACCAAAUCUCUUCUCCUGCUUGUUAUUGUUGUGCUGAUUGGUGAUUGCAUUUCUAGCUGCCAGCGAAUCACAGGGCUGCCCACACAGACACAACUGACUGCUCUAGGAGAAAGUCCCUCAGCAUUCUCUGAGGGUUGGCAACAAUAGCUGGGAGUGACAGAAGAACAACGUGUAAAAGAGGAAGAGAGGAGGGGGUUGGAAAAUAGAGAGAGAGAGAUUGACAAAUCAUGGAGGUUAAGAGACGUCCGAUAAUCGCUGGCAGAGAGAAAGGGCCAGGCCCCGGUCGCUAUGCUCUUCCUCCAACCAUUGGCUACAUCAACCAUGACCUCACCAAGCCCAGUAGCCCCGCCUACACCUUCCAUAGACGUAUGAGCAGCAGCAUGGUCUCUGUGGAUUGCAGUCCAGGACCCCAGUACCACAUCGAUGCCAAGAUGACCCGGUUCGGCCGCGUCGGUACCCCUUCUUACUCCAUGCUAGGCAGGGCAAGACGGGGCGCUGACCUCUUCCAGACUCCAGGUCCAGGUGCCUACAGCCCAGAGAAACCUCAUCUCAGACCGGCUCCACUCCUUCACACCAUUGGCUCUCGGUCACGCUACCGUAUAAUGGAUUCUGUGCCCGCCCCUGACCGGUACAAAUGA